UCUUCGCUGCUUUCUGCGCCCAUCGGCAACUUCCGCCAUGUCCCGCUUUCGCAGCCCAGCAGCAGUGCUAAGUUCCUUCCCACGGCACAGUCAACAUCCCACUCAACGCUGCAACUGCGCUAACCGUAGUCCGCAACUUCGUGCAAGAAAAGUGCAACUGGAGAGGUGAGGCUUGAAGCCCGGCCGGUCACCUGCCACCUGCCAGGUGUACCGCAAAGCCAAGUGUCGACUGGGAUCUGGGGUUAGCGAAACCGCUCGGUAGCUAGCAUGGUGCCGCCUCAACGCAUCAGACUACUCCUCUGAGGUUGAUUUUAUUUCGUCAUGACUGCGUUAAGAUGUCGGAAAACAGAGGCUUUGGGGGGAGAUACAGAAGAAGAGGUUCGCCAAAUUGAACCGGGACUGCAGACUGAACCCAGACUGUCUGUUGUAACACCUGAGCAGAUAUGAAUGAGCCGGUGAGCGCGGAGGAUGAGGCGAGUGUGUCCGGCGGCGGAGCAGCGGAUAACUUGCAGCAGAGAGAUGAAGGUGAAGUUGCAGCAGAUGAGGGUCACCGUAAACAGGAGGAAGCAAACAGCCAAGGAACAUCUGCCAAAAGAUCCGACGGUUCUUCUACUUCGGGUUUUCUGCAGAGCCUGGUGAGGGUGUUUUUCGGAUGUCUGACAGCAGUAGCCUGCGGCAUGCUUUACGCUGUGUAUCUCUCUGCGUAUCAUGACAGGAAGUAUUGGUUUUCAACUAGACAGGAGCUGGAACGGGAAAUCACCUUCCAAGCAGGCAGUGGGCUCUAUUAUUACUACUAUAAGCACAUGCUGGCGGCACCAUCCUUUGAAAGAGGGUUUUACGAGCUGAUGAUAGAUAACAGGACCGUUUCAGGUCAAACCAUCAAUGCAGUGGAGCUUCUGUGGCUGUAUCCAGAGCUCAUUACAAGCUUCGUGUACAGAGUCACAGGGAGCCAGGAUUUUGUGGAGCCGAUCUACUUCUAUGUCGGAGCGGUUUUCGGCCUCCAGGCGGUCUACAUCACCGCCCUCUUUGUGUGUAGCUGGGUGAUGAGCGGCACCUGGGUGGCUGGCAUGUUGGCUGUGGCCUGGUAUGUGAUCAACAGACCAGACACAACCAAAGUGGACCUUGCUAUUCCUCUGCGGGACAACUGGGCCCUGCCUUACUUCUCUUGUCAGGUGGCAGCUUUGACUGGAUUCCUCAGUAACAAUAUCAGCUCUGCUACCGAGAUGUUUUGUUAUCUUACCAUGAGUGCCACCACUUUCACCUUCCUCCUGGUCUGGGAACAUGCCCACUACGUGCUCUUCAUCCAAGGCCUCUGUCUUUUCCUGCUUGACUCCUUUGACCUGGUGCCAUCGCGUAAGAUGGCUGACAUCCAGAAAGUGUACCUCAGCUCCUUGUUCCUGGCCUACCUGUUCCAGUUUCAGAACCCGACCCUGCUCAGCUCGCCGCUGCUCAGCCUCCUGAUCGGCUCAGUGCUCGUGAAGAACUUCCAGCAAAAGAUGAAGAAGGGUCCUCUUGUGGCCAGAGUGAUGAAGCUCUUCCUACAUUUCCACCUGGUCUUUAGCACAGGGAUCACCUUCAGUUAUUUGGUCAAGAAACUUAUACCUGCAAGUGAGGGCGACUUCAUAUUGAAGUUGCUUGAGGUAAAAAUUGGGCUCAACACAACAACUGACUUUGUCACCAACUUCCUCAUGUGCCAAGAGAGUUUCCAGAGACCUGGGCAGGACUUGUUUCUGCGACUAACACAGGCCUCAGUCCUCCCCUUUUACUUCCUGGUGCUCACUGUCUGCCUGCUGUCGACCGCGCAGACCAUUUACAGAAGACUCCGUGGUCAGCCGAUGAAAACCAACAUCCGCCUUGAAGAUGGACGAAUAGGAGAGCAGCCGGAGGUCAUCUAUCAUGUUUUUCACACUUUGCUUUUUGGAGGCCUGUCUCUGCUGUUUGAAGGGAUGAAGUAUUUAUGGACGCCAUACGUCUGCAUGUUUACAGCAUUCGGUGUGUGUUCUCCAGACCUCUGGAUGACUGUGUUUAAGUGGCUAAAACUGAAGUCCAUUCACCCUGUAGUGCUGUCUCUGAUCCUGAGCACAGCAGUUCCUACCAUCAUUGCUUUCAGUUUAUGGCGAGAGUACUGCCCUCGUGUCUUAGCGGAGUUGUCUGAUCUGCAGGAGUUCUACGACCCAGAUACAGUGGAGCUGAUCAGGUGGAUCAGGUCACAGGCUCCGGUGGCAGCCGUGUUUGCAGGAAGCCCUCAGCUGUUAGGGACAGUGAAGUUGUGUUCCGCUUCGGCUGUGAGCAGUUUGCCGCUUUACUCGGACAUCGGUUUGCUGAGGAGGAGUGAGGAUACUUAUCAGGUUUAUGCAUUGAGAUCUGCAGAGGCCAUCUAUAAGAUUCUGACGUCUCAAAAGACAAACUACGUGAUCAUUGAGGAGUCGAUUUGCAACGAGCUUAGUCUUAAUAAGGGCUGUAGGAUCAAAGACCUACUCGACAUCUCCAAUGGACAUGUUGUUUACGACAAAGGACAGAUAUACUCCUUCUCCAAGCAUGGCAGGUUCUGCCACGAGAUAAAGAUGAACUACUCGCCCUACACAAACUACUUCACUAGAGUCUUCUGGAAUCCCUCGUACCACGUCUACAAAGUGAACUCUGUCAUCUCUUUUCAGUACUGACAGCAGCUCCUCCCUCCCUGCUGAGACUUUACUGAGCCUGGCUCUGCCCUUCUCCAGUGUUUCGCGUCAUAUCCACAAUGUAACACGGAGGACUGCUCUGCGCGCGUGUGUGUGUGUGUGUGUGUGUGUGUGUGUGUGUGUGUG